GUUUGUCUUCCUCUUCUUCUUCUUUCAGGUUCAACAGCAGCUUACAUCAUUGGUGUUGUAUUACUGCCAUCUUCUGGGGUGAAGACCACAAUGUCGGCGAAGAAGAUUAUUUCUGAAACACUGAACGAUUUGAGUUUUGAGGAACUUGAUGAAUUCAAGUCACUCAUUUGGAAUGACUUAAAUUUGGAAUUGGAGAAAAAUUUCCCACUCAUCAAAUGGAGGCGAUUAAAAGUGGCAAAUGCACAGGACAUAGUGGAGCUGAUGGAGACGUACAGCCAAGACUGUGUGAAGCUGACCAAAAAGGUUUUAAAGAAGAUGAACCGGACUGAUCUGGUGCAGAGAUUGUCAGACAUGAGUUCAGGAACCAAAAAGAAACACUCUGUGUAUGAACAGCAGCCUUCACUGAUACAGAGAGUGGAAACGAUGGUGUCUGUUAUAGAGCUGCUUCUGGAAACACUGACUGAUUUAAGUGUCGGGGAGUUUGAGAGGUUCAAAUAUUUCCUCAAUCAAACUGACCUACACAGACACUUCUUAGACAUCCCAUGCUGGCUGCUUAUUAUGGGUGACAUGCAGGACACAGUGUUUUUAAUGGUGCAGAUAUACGGCCAGCAGUCUGCGGAGAAGAUCAAGGAGGUUUUAAAGAGGAUGGAGAGGACGGAUCUGGUACAGAGGUUGUCAGACACCUGCUCAGGAGCCAAAAAAAAACACUCUGUCGAUGAACGCCUGUCUUCACUGAUCCACAAGGUGGCAACAAUGGCGGCUAUUAAACAGCUGCUUUUGGAAACACUCAGAUAUUUGAGUUACUCGGAGCUGAACAAGUUCAAGUGGUUGCUGCAGUUUGGGUUCUUCCAUAGGAGCCUUCCAGACAUCUCAUGGAAACUGAUGCUGAUGACAGACAGGACAGACGAACUGGUGGAUAUGAUAAUGAAGAUGUUCUGUCAACAGUCUGUAGAGGUGACCAAGGAGGUUUUCAUGGACAUGAACAGGACUGAUCUCGUGCAGAGGUUGUCAGAGACCAGCUCAGGACCCAAAGCUGAAGGAUCAUCUGCUGAAGCCUUUGGUGUGAAUACCACAGAGAAAGUUCCUGUAUCAACAGAGAAACACUCUGUGGAUGAGCAUUGGCCUGCAGUGACUGAAAAAGUAGAAACAAUGGCAUCUGUUAUAGAGCUGCUUCUGGAAACGCUGGCUGAUUUGAGUGGAGGGCAGCUCAAGGACUUCAUAUAUUAUGUCUUCCUGAGUCAAAUUCAGUGUUUCUCAGACAUCACAUUAAUGCUGCUGGAGGCAACAGACAUUCAGGUUACAGUGAUUUUAAUGGUGCAGCUCUAUGGCCAACAUUCUGUGGAGAAGACCAAGGAGGUUUUAAAGAUGAUAGAGAGGACUGAUCUGGCGCAGAGGUUGUCAGACAGCAGCUCAGGACCCAAAAAGAAACUUUCUGCAGAUGAACACCGGUCUGCACUGAUCCAGAGAGUUGCAACAAUAGCAGCUGUUGAACAGCUGCUUUUGGAAACCCUGAAUGAUUUGAGUAACAAGGAGCUCAAGAAAUUCAAGGAGUUCCUGCAGUGGAUUGUCUCCCAGAAGGACCUCCCAUACAUCUCAUGGACGUUGAGACACACAGACAGAGCAGAAAUAGUCAGACUGAUGGUGGAGAACUAUGGCCAACAGUCUGUGGAGUUGACCAGGGAGGUUUUGAAGAAGAUGAACAGGACUGAUAUGAUGGAGAAAUUGUCAAAACCCAGCUCCGCACUCAAAAAGAAACACUCUGUGGAUGAACAUCGACCUGCACCAUUCGAGAGAGCAGCUGUUGAACAGUUUCUUUUGGAAACACUGAAGGAUUUAAGUCACAGGGAGCUCGAGAAGUUCAUGCGGUUGCUCCAGUUCACGUACUUCCAAAAGAGUUUACCACAAAUCUCAUUAAGUCAAUUGAACUGUGUAAAAAGUGAAGAUGAACUAGUGCAUCUAAUGGUGCAGACCUGUGGCGAGCGGACCGUGGAAGUGACCAAGGAGGUUUUAAUGGACAUAAACAGGACUGAUCUGGUAGACAGGUUGUCAGAGACCAGCUCAAGAUCCAAAGUGGAUUUCCAGUCUGCAUGGUUUCAGAAAGAAGCGACCAUGACAUCACUUCAGAAGAAGCUUUUGGAAACACUGAAAGAUUUAAGUUAUGGGGAGCUCGAGCAAUUCAAGUUGUUUCUGCAGCACAAACACACGAAGGAAGGUCUCCCAGGAAUCCCAAGACACCAGAUAGAGAUGGCAGACAGAGAUGAAAUAGUGGAGCUGAUGGUGGAGAUCUACGGCCAACAGUCUGUGGAGGUGACCAGGGAGUUUUUAACAAUGAUGGCCAUGGAUGAAAUGAUGAUGAAGUGGUCCAACCCCAAGUGGUCAAGACUCAAAGAGGAUGAACAUCAACCUGCGCUGUUCAAGAGAGAAGUAACCAUGACAUCACUUCAGGAGAAGCUUUUGGAAACACUGGAAUAUUUAAGUGACAGGGAUCUCAAGAAAUUCAGUCGUGUCCUGCAGUACACUAACAUCAAGGAAGGCCUCCCAAGAAUCCCAAGACACAGAAUGGAGAUGGCAGACAGAGUUGAAACAGUGGAGCUGAUGGUGGAGAUCUACGGCCAACAGUCAGUGGAGGUGACCAGGGAGGUUUUAAAGAAGAUGAGCAGGACUGAUCUGGCGCAGAAGUUGUCAGACAUCAGCUCAGGAUCUAAAGGGCCUUCAAGAAGCUUGGAGCUUGAGGCUUGUGGAAGCACUGUGCUGGACUCCAGUGACUGGACUAAACUUGACCCUAAAAUGAACAGUACAGGUGCAGAUGAGACUCCAACUUACAGCCUACAGUCUGAAGCAGGAAACCACUUUGAAUGCAGUUCUCUGGCUUGCGCUGGGCCUGUAAGGAAAAGGUCAGCUUUAGGUACCAGUUUUGCUCUUGGGACGAACCAAUGGAGAGGAUGGAAAACAUCAAAUACAUACCUGCAGGUCCCCUAAUGGACAUCACAGUCAUUGCUGGAAGGUUUGAUGAUGUGUACCUGCCACACUGGAUCUGCAUUGAUGAUGUCCCUAAAAUAUCUGACAAGUUUGCAGUCCUACACAUAGAUGACUGUGGAGAUGUUGUGGAAAAAGUGUCUGAGGUCACGUCGUCCCAUGUCAAGCUGUCUGAACCAGUUUUUUCACCAAGAGCAGUCUUGAUGAA